GCUCCAGUCACCCCGGAGCGGGUCUGACCUGCAAUUGAUAGGGCGAUCUGGCCAGAGAUGGUCAAACCAGGCCAAGAUGCCAGGACGGGGGACAAGCAACACACAAUUCUCGAAACAAUCGAGCUGAGCGACGACAGCGACGAUGAGUUCAACUACGAGGAGCUGCCGGAAGAUCCUGAGCUGCUUGAACAGGACGACGAGGAGCAGCUGGAUGACAUCAACCGCCUCUUGGCGGAGACGAAGCAAGCAGCGGAUGGCCAGGGCGAAGACACUGGGCUUGCCAAGGUCCAACAGCGGCCGCAAGUCAUCGAUGACUUCUUCCGGAACUUUCUUUUGAAGUACAGCAUGAAGCGCUCCCUGGAAGUGUUUCAAGCGGAAUGGUAUGAGAUGCAGCAGAGCGGCAAGUUUAAGGACUCCGAGCUGGCGGUUGUCCCCGACGUUUACACGCGCAACCACGGAUUUCAACAAGAGGUCCUGCUUUUGCGUGAAGAGCUGGAAAAAGCCCGCAUGGUGGCCGCAAAGGCCAAAGAGUCGUGGGACAAGUUCAGAAAAGAGCGAGACUAUCAUCGUAUGCAUCAUCGUCGCGUGGUGCAGGAAAAGAACAAGCUGAUAGUUGACCUGAAACGCUUGAAGAAACACUACGAGCAGUACGAACCUACCCUGACGGAGCUUCGGCACAAAUACGAGGUUGCAAUGAAGGAGAAGAUGCUGAUGCGGCUGGAGCGUGAUCGCUACGCAGCAAAGGCUGAAUCUUUGCAGAAGCAGCUCUCGCAGGCAGAAGCCAAGGAAGAGAACACCAACAGCAAGGAUCUUACGGAGAGCGACGAGCUCCAGCGCAAGAAGAAGACGCUGCGCGAAGCUCCGUGGCCCAGUGAAGACAGGACGAACCCCUACACGAACUCCAACUUCGAAGCGGUGCGCGUGGCGGAGUUUUCCAGGAGUCAAGUCUUCAAAGGGCACAUGGGUGCGAUUUCCAGAGUGGCGUUCCAUCCAAAGAUUCCCGUGGUAGCGACGGCCUGCGAUGACCACACGUGGAAGAUGUGGUCUAUGCCAGAAGGCCAGCUGGUGCUGAGUGGGGAGGGCCACAGGGAUUGGGUCAGCGGCAUCUCCUUCCACCCUCGAGGCUCUUUGGUAGCGACGUCUUCAGGGGACUCGACGCUCAAGAUCUGGGAUGUCGCCAAAGAGAAGUGCAAGCACACCCUGACUGACCAUACCCAGCCUGUGUGGGCUUGUUCCUUCCACGACCUUGGAGACUUCGUGGUGUCUUGUUCUAUGGACCAGACGGUGAAAGCCUUCGACAUGACCGGCAUGAGAUGCCGGCAGACCUUCCGCGGGCACGUGGACUCCGUGAACUUUGUCACGUUUCAACCCUUCUCCAGCAACGUGCUCACAGCCUCCGGGGACAAGACGGUGUCGUUGUGGGAUUUGCGCACCGGACUUUGCGUGCAGACCUUCUAUGGCCAUGCAAAUGCCUGCAAUCAUGCCAUGUUCAACCUGAAGGGCGAUACGGUGGCAUCCUGCGAUGCAGAUGGAAUUGUCAAGUUAUGGGACGUGCGUGUUGUGUCGGAAUUCUUGCAAAUCGACACUGGCCGGCACCCGGCAAAUGCUGCCAACUUCGAUCGCAGCGGGAAGAUCUUGGCAAUCGCGUCUGGCGAUGCUUCCAUCAAGACAUUCAACAUCGAGGACAAAGUCUUCGUGGCAAACCUGGAGGGCCAUGAAGAUUCGGUUCAGGAUGUCGCAUUCGAGCCGCUGGGCAACAAAUUCCUCGUGAGCGCUUCCUCUGAUGCAACCUUCUCGUUGUGGCAAUAGCUGCGGCGCAGUCUCACCACGGUUUCACUGCGGGACUUUGCGCAUCCAAGACUUGUAUGUCU